AUGCACUCAUCAGUCCAACCCCAUGCAUGGGUUGCUCUAAAGCUUCCAUCUGGGAACCUUCGAGUGCUUGAAGUCACACCUAAUACGACCAUCUCCUUAGGGAAGUAUGGGUUAUUCCCAAGCAACCUCAUAAUUCACCGGCCCUAUCACCUGACCUAUGAAUUGCAAGACAAGCAAUCAGGAGAAAGUUUUAAUCGCUUGCGCAUCGUGCCAGCUUCUGAGCUGUAUAAUGAUAUACUAUCUUCUGAUGCAUCAGCUAGCUCCCUAGAAGGAGAAACUCCCACAACAAACGAAGGUGAUGAUGCCGAGAGCGCUAUACCGACAGGAAUCGAGUAUUCGCUCGUCGAUCCCGAAUCUGGUGCUGUUGUUGCUCGAACCGAUCGUGUAGAAAUCGAUGCCUCAGCUCGUCAGACCCUGACAGCAGAGGAGAUAGAAGCCUUGAAGAAAGACGGCACAGAUGCAGGAAGAGAUAUAAUAGCCAAGUUAUUACUAUCACAUACGGCGAUCGACCAGAAGACGGAGUAUUCUUUGGCCAAAUACAAAUUGCUCAAGACGAAAAAGUAUAUUCGAAGAUUCUCCGUUCUCCCCAUGGAUGUGCCAAUGCUCGCCCACUGGCAAUUGGAAGUAAAGGACCCGAGUAAGAUACUAGAUAUGAGAGAUGAGAUGAUAGCACUAUUAGGAUGUUGGGCCAAUGUGCAUUUUGGUGGGGAGGAUCAAUGCGAGAAUAGUGGUACCGAAGAAGUUGACAAUCAUGAGAAAAAGAGUUUCGAGUCCACACCCGGUCGAUGGCUUGUCGUGGAUGACACUGGUGGUCUUCUAGUGGCGGCUAUGGCAGAGAGAAUGGGUAUUCUCUACCCGCCUGAAAAUGGGGCCUCGGAAAACCAAAAGGAGUAUUCACAUAACCAAAAAGUUAUGUCAAACAUGGGAGAUGCUCUCUCUAAAACAAGCACCGAACAUGGCAACUCAACUAUGGAAACAGUACCACAAGGUCACGAUUCUGCAGAGCCAAAACCCCCCGAGAGUACAAAAGUUUCGCAUGGAGACGGGAAAUCGCGAUGUAAUGAUGCAAAGGUACCAUAUGCGAAUUCUAAUACCCUCACUGUCAUACAUGCCAACCAACAGCCGAACCUAACCUUUCUACGGGAUUAUGGCUUUGAUGUUACAAAUCCUGCUCAACCAGCAGACCACCCAUUAGCCUCUCACUUAAUGACCAUAUCAUGGUUACAACUCGUCAAGCCGGAUUUGGACUUCACUUACGCUUCGGAAAUGCCUAACGUUUCGUCUGAGGUGCUCCGCUCGUGGAAACCCAACCGUCGGGGUACAUACCACCGCAAGCGCCGCCGUUGGGCUAAGAUUCGGCAUGUUGUCGACACUACGCGGAAAGGCGAAUUCUCUGGGUUGGUAAUUGCUAGCACGAUGGACCCUAUCUCUAUCAUGCGUUACGCAGUGCCGCUCCUUGCCGGUGGUGCGCCCAUAGCUAUCUACUCGCAGUCUAUCGAACCUCUGACAGCGCUAGCAGAUUGUUAUAGCAUAGCACGCCGCGCAGCUUGGGCAUCAAAUCCGCCAGAAGAGGCGGUGGGCAAAACCCUUCUGGAGCUGGAGCAGUGGCCCGGUAACGAGGAGUUCCCGUUAAAUCCGGCCCUCAUAUUAGGAGCUGCGCUACAGACAAGCCGUGUCAGGAAAUGGCAGGUUCUUCCUGGACGGACACAUCCUCUAAUGACAAGUAAGGGCGGGGCGGAAGGGUAUAUAUUCACGGCUUGGAGAGUUAGGCCUGCGGAAGGCAAGAUAGAAGCUAGAGGGAAAGCUCGCACUAAGAAGAGGAAGCUCGAAGUGUCGAGACAAGAAUAG